UUUUGCAUUUUCCCCAACAGCCCUCCUGUUUGCUUGCGCAAGGGUUCAGUUUUCUUUUUGAAGCCGCUUCUCUUUUCCUCGGAACGGAUCGCUCGCCCUUCGCUUCCCUCGCUGUAUCGCCCCUGUAGCCCGCAAUCGGAACGCCGGAGAUGGGCGACAGCCAGUACUCCUUCUCCCUCACCACCUUCAGCCCUACGGGGAAACUGGUUCAAAUCGAGCACGCCUUAACGGCGGUCGGAUCUGGUCAGACCUCCCUUGGAAUCAAAGCAGCCAAUGGUGUUGUUAUUGCUACUGAGAAGAAGCUUCCUUCCAUUUUGGUGGAUGAGACAUCAGUCCAGAAGAUUCAGCUUAUGACAACAAAUAUUGGAGUUGUCUACAGUGGAAUGGGCCCAGAUUCUCGUGUUCUAGUGAGAAAAAGCAGAAAACAAGCACAACAAUAUUUUCGACUUUAUAAGGAGCCUAUUCCCGUAACACAACUUGUAAGAGAAACUGCAGCUGUUAUGCAGGAGUUUACACAAUCUGGUGGUGUAAGACCAUUUGGAGUUUCUCUGCUGGUUGCUGGAUAUGAUGACAAUGGUCCACAACUGUAUCAGGUCGAUCCAUCUGGUUCAUACUUUUCAUGGAAGGCUUCAGCAAUGGGGAAGAAUGUCUCUAAUGCUAAAACAUUUCUUGAGAAGAGGUACACUGAUGAUAUGGAGCUUGAUGAUGCUGUCCACACUGCCAUCUUGACUCUAAAAGAAGGAUUUCAAGGGCAAAUCUCUGGCAAGAACAUUGAAAUUGGAAUAGUGGGUGCUGACCGAAAGUUCAGGUACUACAUUGAAGCUGUAGCAUAUGUAUUAUGGUUAAAUUAGCUCCUCAAUUAUAGAAUUAAACUUUUUAAAUAUGAAAAACUAAUUGCUUAUAAGUGUUAUUUUCAUACUUUUUACUCUGUUGCAUUGAAAAAUCCAGAUGGUUAUGGUGAUACUGGUCUCUUUUCAAUCUUCCUAAUUAAUUAACUCUUUUUUGUUAACUAAUAUAUUUUUAUUUAUUUCCUAAACCAUCUACCCUUAUUAGAAGUUUUAGUCAACAAUUAAUUAAUGUUUUCUAUCUUUAAUAUCCUCAAAUAAGAUAUUAUCGUUUUAUUAUAGGAAUUACUAACUAAUUGCUGAUUGGGAUGAAUGGUUUAUGAAGUUAAUAAUGAUAUCUUAGUUAAGAAGCUAAAAAGAUUUAAUUACUUGUGGCAAUUACAUAUUUAGGGCUGGUGAUCUUAGUCAAAUUUUGAAUCAAUUCAUGUUCCACUCCCAAAUCUGCCCAUUUUUGCUCACUUGCAAGAAUAUAAUGCUGUAUGGGUUAAAGGUUUUCUUUCCCUGUUAGUUUUGUUGAUUCCUAUUGCUUGAUCUGCAGACUGCAAAGUGCAUCCUUACCAUUCGAUCUGUAAAAUUGUCCUGGACAUUAUUCCCCUAACCUACUUGUUUUGCAUCUUCUAACAAAUUUAUGAAUACUUGUCACAUCCAAUUUUCCUAGCCUGACAUCUAUAUAAACACCAAGUUUGUUGACCGUAGCCAAGAUUAUAAACACCAUUGGAUGGGUCAAGUCUUUUAGCAUUAACCGUUUGAAUUUUACCUCUAGGGUUAAUUUAUCAUGGUGAUUGUUCGUAUGAGAUGCAUUACAGAUUCAAGAAACAACUUACGUACAAAGCAUCAUUGAAAUUUUUUUCUUAAAAAUAGUAUGUUAUUAUGUGAUUUCAUAAAAAGGGAUAAUGCGUCACAUCUGUCAAAGGAUUACUCCCUUGGGCCUCCUUGUUACAUGUCAUGUAUAUGAUCUGAUAUUUUCUGUGUUGCAGAGUACUUUCACCAGCUGAAAUCCAUGAUUAUUUGGCGGAGGUGGAGUAGUUGUCUUUGUUUCAUAUGGCCCACCCACAUAAUAUGCAGUUGCUCCCACACCCAGCCGCUAGGAUUUUAAUGCCUGUCGAUGCUCGUCUUGAGAUGUUCCCGAAUUUAACCGAGAUCGUCAUUUGAUGUGAGACAGCAGUUACUUAUUUGUUAUGAUCCGAUUCAAAUGUCAUGCCGUGUGCCUCAAUGUGCUCAAAAUUUUUAGCUCCGGCAUGUGGAAAAUUUUCAAUUUAUUUCUUUAUAGAUGUGGGUUACGCGUGAGAGUAGAUCUCGUAAUUUUGGCUUUGAUAAAUUUCAUUAGCUAAUUAAAACAUGUUGAACAUCA